AUGAGUCAGCCCCUCGUCCUUCAAUGGAUCCUCGACACACGGACGCUCUGGCCCGAAGCCACAGCCACCAAGGACCUCGAAACAGCGGCAAGCCGGGCCCUCUCCCUGCUCACCCAUGAAGAACGCGCCUCCGUCCUAAAGUACUACUUCGUCAAGGACGCCAAGCUAGCACUGGGCUCGGCGCUGCUCAAGCGCCACGCCAUCUCGUCCACGCUCCGCAUCCCCUUCUCAGCGGCGACGCCCACGCGCGCACCGCCCGGCUCCAAGCCCGUGUUUUUGCGGCCAGACGGGUCGGAGCCGCUCGUCUUCAACGUCUCGCACCAGGCGGGCCUCGUGGCCCUCGUCGGGGUGCUGCGGCGGAGCGCGGACGGAGGAGGCGUGGACGUCGGCGUGGACGUCGUGUGCCCCGGGGAGCGGCGGGAUCGCGACCACGCGCUCAUCGCCAAGGACGGGUGGCCGCGGUACGUGGACAUGCACGAGAGCGUCUUCGCGGCCGCCGAGUGCGCGCGGCUGCUGGACCUGGGCCGCGAGGUCGGCCGGGACGAGGCUCUCGAGUACUUUUACGCGCUGUGGUGCUUGAGGGAGGGCUAUGUCAAGAUGACGGGGGAGGCGUUGCUCGCCGAGUGGUUGGCGGAGCUGGAGAUGAGGAAUUUCGCGCCGCCGGACGGGGUUUCAGACGGGAGGCCGCCGCUGGAGGUUUGGUUUCGCGGCGCGAGGGUUGGGGGCGACGUGCAUGUGAGGCUCGAGAGGUAUUUGGCUGAUUAUAUGAUUUGUACGGUUGUCAGGGGGGAUGUAGAGGGCGGUUUGGCAGGUGGGUUUGAAAGUUUGAAUUUGAAUGCGCUUUUGGAUGCUGCUGAGAAGAGUAAUUUGUGA